AUGAGCAAUGCGCUCUGCGUAGCAUGGCGGACACCAUGCUCAGGGCUUGUUCCGUCAAGCCUGCUCCCAUCAAAACCUACGCUGUUCCGCUCCAUACUCUGUGAUCUCCGCAUUUCGCCCUCAUGCCACUCAUAUAGCUCAGUCAGGCGAUAUUUAUACACUUUCGACCGCGCUUCCCUAAGAAUACCACCCCCGGCCAUCCUUCGUUCCAAUCAAACCGUCCCAGCGACUAUAAAUCGGUCUUUCACCACAUCCGUUUCUCUACUGUCCCAGUCUACUCCCCCGGUUGAACAUGGGGCUCCACCUCGUCCCCAGGCCUUCACCACGGCCGAGAUCAAAGGAAUCUUCGGACCCCGAGUGAAGAUCUCCACUGAAAUGGGAAACCGAGUUCUUGCCGUCUUACACGGCAGACGUGUUUCCGGUACACUCGACCUCGAUCUUCCCAAGGACAUAAUCCGCGCCGUGAGCGCGUCCAGUCGUGAUGUUGCUCUGGAGUGGCUGCGUGAAGCCUUCCCGCUCGACGAAGAUGCUGCUAUUCUCCGCCGUAUCGAACGAGAAGAACUCGAAGAGCAACAGAAGCUCAUUCGACGAGCGGAAGAGCUGGGCCUCUAUAAGCCGCAGAGUGGUACUUUCGGUGCUGAGCUGGGCGAACAGAACGAUCCCUACGGUAAGAGUGUCUUGAAGGAAAUACGGGAGGAGAACGAAGCGCGACUUCUGGCGGAACAAGAAAGAAAGCGGCAGGAGUGGCUGGAAGGUGAACAGGAGGAUCGCGAGAGACUGAAGCGCCACAUCGAGAAGAAUACGUCUCUUCAGAAGUUCGAGGAUGCAUCUGCCCUGGAGGUACGAGAACGCGCAGAUCCUACCGAACGUCCUGUGCUCGCAUGGGUCCAAAAGCACCAUUUGCAAGCAACAGAGUGGGAUAUGGACGUGUCCAAAAUGACCACCGCUCGUCGCAUCCUCCCCAGUCUCGCAGUCACUCUUCUUGUCCUCGGCCUCAGCUACUUCUACGCAGUGAACUAUGAACCCCCAGCGAAGGGCGACCGCAUGUGGCCCGAUAUUCCUCCAGCGGCUGCAACAGUUCUGGCUAUCAUCGGCGGGAACCUUGCUAUCUACCUCUUGUGGUGCCUGCCACCGGCAUGGCGGCUGCUCAAUCGCUACUUCAUCAAUGUCGCUGCAAGACCUCAGCCCAUCAGUAUCGUGGGAAGUGUGUUUAGCCACCAACAAGUGCAGCAUCUCGGUGUGAACAUGCUCAUGCUAUGGUUUAUCGGAACACGACUUCAUGAUGACAUUGGGCGCGGUCAGUUCCUGGGUCUGUAUAUGGCUGCGGGUGCUUUUGGUUCCAUGGCCUCUCUCACAGUCCAUGUACUACUCGGAAACCUGAUGACCACUUCUCUUGGAGCUAGCGGGGCUAUCUCUGGCAUUGUCGCAGCAUGGUGCCUGCUUCACAGCGAAGAAAAAUUCACCAUCUUCUUCCUCCCACACGAAUGGCACGAGGUCAUAUCCGUGAAAGGAUGGAUUCUCCUGGCCGGCCUUAUCGCCUUCGAAACCUUCAAUCUCGUAUCUCGAUACCGGGUUGCCAGACUUGACCACUGGGCCCAUCUCGGCGGAUACCUUGUUGGCGGUGUAUGGGCCACGGCCUGGAAACGCGAGCAUGACAGGAAGCGCCGCGAGAACCGGCCUUGGCUUCAACGGGUCUUGUCUGAAUGA